GCCGCGCACUGUGGUCGUCGCGUCGCCAUUUUGAAUUGGCGAGGCGGCGGCGGCGGCGUCGCUUUCGGAGAGCGGUGCGAAGCGGAGAGAGAAUCGUUAAAGCGCAGAGCGCAACUUUCCUCCCCCACCCCACCCCUACAUCAUGUCCACCAAGGACGGCGGCAAGCUGUCCCCCACCGACCGGGUGGUGAAAUCGGUACCAUUCCCCCCGAGCCACCGGCUCACCAUGAAGGAGGUGUUUGACAGCGACGGUAAGCCGCGUGUGGAUGUCCUCAAAAAUCAUCUCGUCAAAGAGGGCCGUGUGGAGGAGGAUGUGGCACUGAGGAUCAUCAAUGAUGGUGCUUCCAUCCUACGCAGAGAGAAAACCAUGAUUGACAUUGAAGCUCCUGUCACAGUGUGUGGAGACAUUCACGGUCAGUUCUUUGACCUGAUGAAGCUGUUUGAGGUUGGUGGUUCGCCUGCCAACACACGCUAUCUCUUCCUGGGAGACUAUGUCGACAGAGGAUAUUUUAGCAUAGAGUGCGUCUUGUACCUCUGGGCCCUGAAGAUUCUAUACCCCACCACCUUGUUCCUGUUAAGAGGAAAUCACGAAUGCCGACACCUGACGGAGUACUUCACUUUCAAACAGGAGUGCAAGAUUAAAUACACAGAGACCGUGUAUGAUGCCUGCAUGGACGCCUUCGACUGCCUCCCCCUAGCAGCGCUCAUGAACCAGCAGUUCCUGUGUGUGCAUGGAGGCCUCUCUCCAGAAGUACACAACCUGGAAGAUAUCAGGAAGUUGGAUAGAUUCAAGGAACCGCCUGCAUUUGGCCCAAUGUGUGACCUGCUGUGGUCAGACCCAUCCGAGGACUUCGGCAAUGAAAAGACACAGGAGUACUUCUGCCACAACACCGUGCGAGGCUGCUCCUACUUCUACAGCUAUCCGGCAGUCUGCGAUUUCCUGCAAAACAACAACUUGUUGUCAGUUAUAAGAGCACAUGAAGCACAAGAUGCAGGGUAUCGAAUGUACAGGAAAAGCCAAACAACAGGAUUUCCAUCACUUAUUACAAUUUUCUCUGCACCAAACUACUUAGAUGUUUACAAUAACAAGGCGGCGGUAUUAAAAUAUGAAAACAACGUGAUGAACAUCCGGCAGUUUAACUGCUCCCCACACCCAUACUGGCUGCCCAAUUUCAUGGAUGUCUUCACGUGGUCUUUGCCAUUUGUUGGGGAAAAAGUCACAGAGAUGCUGGUGAAUGUUCUUAACAUCUGUUCUGAUGACGAACUCACGACGGAAGGUGAAGAAGCGUUUGAUGAAGUCCUUGAUCUCAUCUGUACAAAAGGUGCUGGCAGGAAGCUCAUCUCCUCAGACUGGAAUGGUGUGUGUAACUGCAGGCUGGUCAGACCGGCCAGACAUUUACUGCCAUAUCAUCAUGCAACUGCAACCGCGGCACGCAAAGAGGUCAUCAGGAACAAAAUCCGCGCAAUUGGAAAAAUGGCAAAAAUGUUUUCCGUUCUCCGAGAGGAGAGCGAGAGCGUGUUGACCCUGAAAGGAUUGACCCCGACUGGCAUGCUGCCCUCUGGAGUACUGGCUGGAGGACGCCAGACCUUGCAGAGCGCUGCCUUUGAGGCUGUUGAGGCUCACAAAGCCAUUAAAGGCUUUACGCCUCAGCAGAAGAUCACCAGCUUUGCAGAGGCCAAGGGCUUGGACCGAAUCAACGAGCGGAUGCCGCCACGCAAGGAUGGCGUGUCUCCCGACGGCAGCCCCAGCAUUGUCAACAACAGCAGCAUCACAGACGGCAACAGCACAGGCGGCCGCAAUGGCCAGUGAUGUCGCAGGGGGCUAAUGUCAGACCGCUAAGCUCACUCAGCUCAUUCACCCUCUGUAUGUCAGGAUUGUGCAGUUAGGCCUCUUUGAUGGCACAGCUUUGCUAUUCCCACCUCUGCCCCUUUUUUCCUUACCUCUGCCCCUUUCCCUUAUCCCACUCCUGCCGUCAUCCCCUUUCUGCACUCUCUCCAUUUAAUGCCCUUCCGUUGCUGCUCUGUCUGAAAGUGCAGGAGCUGAUCUGGGGCAGGCGGCCCCAGCUCAACAAAGGGCAACACCAGGAAAUGUCAAAACAAUGGGGCAUUACGUAUGUGGCACCUAUGCUAUGGGAUUUUCCGGGGGAAACAAGUCUUCUAUUUAUACAAACUGCCUUUUACGAAUGAUGCUCAGUGCUAGUGUUCUGCAUUGUUUCUACCAUGUUCAGACAGAGCAUGAGUUUCAUAUGUUGAGAUACUACACUAACAAAAGGACAUCCUGGGAAAGUAAGGUAAUGUUAUCAGGUUUUAUAUCUUGACUUAAAGCUUUCGUGACUGCAGGAAUUCAUAUUCUUUGGGUCUUUCGGUAAAGCCACGUAGAUAGAAAAAUAAUAAAAAUAUCACGACGUUUCAAUCGCAACACAAACAGUCGUGCUCACCUGAGGACGACUGUGUCGUGAUAUUUUUGUUUUAUUUUUUCUAUAUACGUGGCUUUACCGAAAGACCCAAAGAAUAGGUUUUAUAUUACAUAAUCUUGCUUAUGAAAUUAGUCCAUUGAGUCAAGAUUAUCUUUCCAAAAUAUACUUCACACAGGUGGUUUGUAUAAUUAGGAAGUUGUCACUGAUGAUGGUUACUCUUUGUGCUCAAUAAAAGCGCAGAUUUUGUUAGCUUUUGUCACCAAAACAUUGUAAUAGUAAUGAACUAACCAGCUGGCAAACAGUGGAUGUGCAUGGACCUAUACAAUAUAGGUAUUACUGGAAGAUAUCAUCCUAUCCAGGAUAGGCUGUUUAUGAGUUAGCUUAAAUGCCCACAUUAUUUAUUCCCCUUUUUUAAUGUUAACCGAAUGACUUCCCUUGAUUUACUCCAUGGUACCUCUUUUGGCUUCGUCCUGCCAUAUCUGAAUCCAAAUCCUGCCAUUGGAGCCUUUGCUGCCCCAUUUUCCAUGUAAAUCCCACUUUAGUGCCGACAUCCUGGCUUUUUCUAAAAUAGCAUCAGUCGAUAAUUGCUUUUUAAGAUCUUUGUAGCAAGUAUAUUACUUCAAACAAACAAGCCAUAUUUGCGUUAACCAGAAAUAAACUAUAUUUCUCUAAAUGUUGGCUAGGAUGGGGGAAUGUGUAAAGGGCUUUUUAACUAGCAUGAGAUGAAUGGGAUUUGAAUUGGCAUGGGAUAAACGGAAUGUAUGGACGUAUAGCAAAAAUAACUCAAAUGAAAGUCAAUUCAAUUAAUCAAAUUUGUAUUAACUUGUUAUGCUAGUGAGUGUUUGGUAUAUGCUGUAAUUUUUGCUUCAAGUGCAGCUGUGGGAGGCACUUGCUGCCGCAGCCUGUGGAGAUGUAGUAAUGCAAGCUGUAGCUCUGAGCAUCAUCUUGAAGAGGAGGUGAGCAUUGUACCACUAAUAUGGUGUCUGCACAAGGCACUUUUACCCAUGGUCUUUUAUUUCAGAAUAAAUAUGCCAGUGUGUGCGAUCGUGCAGGUUUUUAUAAAUGAAACAAAGUGCAUUGUAAAUGGAAUGCAGAGUAAUGCAAACGAUGAGCGUUCUGCUGCUUUGCAUUUUGGUUCAGGAAAAAAAAUCCGUGUGAUCUCGCACUCGCAUGCAACCAUCGACAUGUCCCCGUCAAAGAGCCCUGUGGUUUACUCGUAAGUGAAGUGGACUGUAGGUCUCGGCAUUCUUUUGGCUAGGAAUAUACCUGUAUGGGAGUCCCCAGCCACCUUGGAAUGGUGCUAGACCACAUUUAUUUCUGUUUUUAAGGAUCUCUGGCAUAACAUGUUGUGAACAGUACCCACCCUGGUGCAUUGACACAAAGCGUAUGGGGAUAGAUCAUCUCGAGUCUGGACCAAACGUGUCCCAAAAGUGUCCCAAAACUGCUCCAAACACUCCAGUGUAGUAGGCAGAGUGUUCGGUCUGUGACAUGUGUUUUUGUGCAAUGCAUUUUGGGUAAACAGCCAGUGCAGACUCAUUACUUUAAAUUUAUGUUUACAAUGUACUGUAGGCCCAUUUGAAGACGGAAAAAUUCUAGUCACAAAACAUUCACGUACAGAAUUUUUUUUUCUUUAUUCAAACACCCACCACGUAAGGCAUUUGGGUGAAAUGCACUUACCAUUGGUUGCAUUUUUCUGUGCAAUGCUAUUUGAAUAGAAAAACAUCUUAACAUCUAAUUCAAAAUAGUAUAACUACUGUAAUGUAUAAACAUUUUCUUCAUACAUAGUGCCCAUUAAGCCUUCGGAGUGUAUCAGGUGUAAAAAAGUAAACAAAUAUUAGAAUGUUUAAAUGAUGCUGAUAUAAAAUAUCUAAUUUAAUGUUUUCAUAUGUUUAUGGUGGCAUCGCACUUUACAUAAAAUAAAAAAAAUAUUGUCAAACUUUCAAAUGCUAAAUUAUGCUUAUUGUUCUUUGAGAUGUUUAAGUUAAUAUAUACAGUAUAUAUAUAUGAAACACUUUAAAUGUAUUGGCAGUACUACAGUUGCUAAUUAAAUUUUAAAAGCAAACAUUUCUAAACUGUAACAUAUCCAUUUUUUUACACUUAAGAUAUAACAGACAAUGGUAAAUGUGAUUUUUACUUCUUCACUAAAGAGCAUACAGAUUUACCAAAAUAAAAGUUUUCAAACUUGGAAUUUCCCAUGAAUAGAAAAUGCUGUACCAACGUUCCUCAUCCUAUACGCAUAGUGUUGAUGGUAUAGAAAAAUGCAACUGAAUUAUUUACAGACCCUUUUAAUGUGUUUUUUUCCCCCAUAUAUUUUGUAAUGCUUUAUGCCAUGUAGGUUUCAAAUGGUCUUAAGUUUUUGUUUUAAAAUGCCAAAAUGGAUUAAAAAAAUCUGUUGUGUAAAUGUAUGCUCGCCUCAGGUGUAUUAUUGUAAUUGGUUGUUGCCAAGUCUGUAUUAUAGUUGGUUUUCUUUUUGUUUAUAAUUUUAUUGUGUAGAAACUUUUUUAAGGGUUUUGUGUAAAAAAUAGAGGUCAUAUCUAAUUUUGCUAUUAUGAUUUCAAACACCUUUCCAUUAUUUUGUGGAAUGAUAUACUUUAUGCUUAGCAAAUGAAAUCCCAUGUCCUACACAACCCAAGCAUUUUAUGUUUAAAGUUGCAUUUUAUAUAUGUUGAUGGAAAAUGCAGGUAUUUUUACCUGCCCUAAAAGUGAAAAAAAAAAGUUUAACUGCAUGUCAUUUUCAGAUACACAAAGUGCUAUGGGAUAUAGCUGAAUGAAUGCUAUAUAUACAAAAAGCCUUUGUUAACACUUUGUUGCUUUAUGCUUCAUAAUGUUUAUAUUCGCUGAGUGCUGAUGAUGUACAGAUGUAUCUGGAAUGUCAACAUGUUGAGGAAAAUGCAAAUGCACACAUGUAGAUGAAGGCAUGGCUGAAACAGUAUUAUGGACAGCUUCUCCAAAUUUGUGAAAAAUAUUGCAUGUCGAUAUAAAAUUCAGUGUGAAACUGAAUUUAAACUUCCAUCAAUGGUUUCAAUUAUUUUCUGUGGAAUAGGCAUGUUAUAUACGUUGAGGUGUAAUGUGUCUUCUCCAGAUGUAUUUAUAGAAUACUAAUUUUGUUGAUGGUUGCUAAGAAUCAAUUUCAUAAACGUUAUUCAUCAAGGAAGAUGACUUAAUGGUCAUUUAUCAUUUCCCCAAGUCUUGGAAAAUUUGAACACCAUCCAGCACUGCAUGUACAUAACUCUUGUUUUGUGUUUUAAAUUGCAUGGUAUUUUGAACCGGCAUUUUAUAAACCGUAUGAAUAAAUUUUUUGUGCAUGGAA